AUGGCUCAACCACGUCUGGUCUCUAUUCGCUCUCGAAAUCCCAAAGCCCGCAUUUUUCUGCGAUCGCCUUUAUACACGGAUGUCAAUUCCCUGACCGCUCGUGGUAACGACCCAAAAUGCGUUGAAUACCUUCCAUGGCUGCAGAAUGCCACCAUCACGAACGAAUCCAAUACAAAGCAGGUCAAAAAGUGGCGUGCAGAGUCCGGCAUCAAGGGGAUUUUCCUUGUGAUUGUGCUUCUCCCUGAGCAUGGAGGUCCCCAAGGUAUCAGCACCGCCGCCGAUGCUACGAUAGGCGACUCGGGCUUUGGACCAAUAGACUUGGAAGCCAAAACAGGAGAAUGCGGCAUCAUGCUCAACAGCGCGCCUUCAAUCAGGGGAAAAGGCAUAGCUGUCGAAGCACUUGAUCUGAAUUUUGCAUACGCCUUCGACCAUUUGGGCCUCGAGAAGGUCGAGCUCGGAACAGACAACAUCAAUGAGCCUAUGCGGAGUUUGCUCGAAAAGAAAUUCCAGCUCUCUGGUAUUUACAACCAGGAGAAAGACAACUGGACAUUCGUGGUAACAAAAGAAUGGUGGCAAGAGCGUUCGAAAGCGGCGGGAGAGGAUCGUGUGUUGGUUGAUGUCGAGGAGAUCCCGUUCGAAGACGGAGAGUUGACGGAGGCGAAGAAAUGA